CGGUGUCAGUCAGUAUCCUGAGAUCGCCCGCGCGCCUACGGCCGCAGACUUACUGGCGUCGCGUAAAAAAACAAAUAAAAAACUAAACUAAUCGUUCUAAUUUUAAAAAAACUGUGCCGAAGAAACUGUGUUCUAAAUUUAAACUCGCACAAAAUUAAAAAGAUCAAAACAAAAUAAUAAGUACAUAGAGAGGCAUACAAAAGAUUUUCUGAAGGGAGUUUUUGGCAACCAAGGUUGGCCAAAAACUUCUUCACCAUAAAAUUACGAACAAAAAGCAAGAACUGUGAUAGAGUGCAAAGAGGAAAAACAGAGUGUUUUAAUCUUCAAAUAUAACUUGCAAAGACUCACCCUUAAAACUGCGAUAACAUUAAGAAAACAAAAUAAAUAAACUGAUCUAGAUUCAGUAAAAUGAAGUGAAUUACCGUGAGGUGCAAAUGUGUAUGUGAAUAUAUAAAAUAAUAAUAUAUAUUUUACAAGAUUUACAAUUAUUAGAUUCCAAAAUGACUACAUCAUCGCCCCAGCCCGUCAGUCGUGCCAGAGUCAUUUCGUCACAGGUGGUGGCAUGCCUGGCGCUGGACCUUUUGCUGGUGGACCUCGGCAUGAGCAUCAGCUUCGUGACGAUGGUGCUGCCCGAGGUGCUGGACGCGCCGGAGGGGCUCUCCAUCAACGAGUACCAGGCCUCGUGGUUCGGUAGCAUGGCCUUCAUGUGCCAGCCGCUCGGCAGCAUCUUCUCCGGGCCGAUCCUGGACUACUUCGGGCGUCGCAAGGCGCUGUUCAUCGUGAACCUGCCGCACCUGGUGGCCUGGCUGAUGAUGUACUACUCGUGGAACGUGCCCUCGCUGUUCCUGGCCAAUGCGCUGCUGGGCAUCGGCACGGGGAUUAUGGAGGCGCCGUCCGUCACUUACGUUGGGGAAGUUAGCGACCCAUCAGUCCGCGGCAUCCUCACGACGCUGACGAACUGCUUCACGUCCACGGGCGUGUUCCUCGCCUACCUUCUGGGCACGGUGCUGCCGUGGCGCAGCGCCGCGCUCGUGUCGCUCGCCGUGCCGCUCACCAGCAUGGCGCUCGUCACUCUGGUCCCAGAGACACCUAUAUGGCUGCUAUCGAAGGGCCGCCAAAAAGAGGCUCUCAGGUCCCUCUGCCAGCUCCGAGGCUGGUCCAAGCCUGAAGACGUUAAAGAAGAAUUCGAACACUUGGUCCAAUACAACGAGAUGCUGCAACGAUGCGUCAUCUGUGCCAAGAACGGCAAACCCACGAUCAACCCCUGCCAGCACUCAGAAGCACCAAUGUUCAAGAGGAUGAUGCUGAACAUCAAGCACAUUUUGCUGGCAAAGGAAACCUUAAGGCCGUUUGCGCUGGUGAUGGCGUACUUCCUGUUCUACACCAUGAGCGGUCUGCUGCCGAUUAGGCCUAACAUGGUGAACGUGUGCAAGGCUCUAGGGAUGAAGUAUGAUGCCAAGGCUAUUGUGGUCAUGGUCGGCGCCGUAUUCAUAGUCAUGAACCUGCUGUCCGCAGCCAUAGUCAAGUUCAUGGGGAAGCGGAAGCUGGUGAUAUCCUCUAUGCUCCUGACCUCGUGCUGCAGUCUGGCCAUCAGCGUCUACGCCGGGAACAACUUGGGACCCGAAGUGUUCUCCUACGAGGCUCACACCUUCCCUGAGCAGACGGGGAUCCUGCCGGUGGUCUUGUUCAUGAUGCUCGUCUGCUUCACCAGCUUGGGGAUCCCUUGGGUGCUGCUGUCUGAGGUGUUCCCAUUCAGGAGCCGUGGCAUCGCUACAAGCCUUGCAGCGGCCUUCAGCUACGUCAUCUCAUUCCUCGCAGCCAAAAGCAACUACAACAUCGAAGCCUUAUUCCACAUCUCCGGCACUUUCGGCAUUUACUCAAUCUUUGGCCUUUUCGGCACCAUCUAUCUUUACUUUUUCUUGCCAGAAACAGAGAAUAAAUCCCUGCUAGAAAUCGAAACGUUCUACCAAGGAGAACACAGAAUAUUUGCCGAUGACUUCCUAAUCAAUGCCUUCAGGAAGAAGAAAGGUUUGAGCACAGGAGCUACCGAACCUAUGCUAGUCAAAUAAAUUGGUAUACUUACUUAUUUUUAUAAUAAUUUGUAUUUUUGUAAUAUUGUUAUAGGUUAGAGAUAUGAUGUUUUAAAAUAAAUAUUUAAAUACUUU